UCGCAUUGUAUGUCCGCCAUUUGGCCGAAGACCGAGGACUAUUCACGAAGUUCGAGCCGACGGUACGAGGACCUUUGAUGGGGACGUGCCGUAAUGUUUUGAAUGGUAGAGUAACAUUUUAUAUCACUAGAGAUUUUUACUGUGUGAACUGGAGCUCGCUCCCCUGUAUCCAGAGUUAUACGUUCUAAAUUCCAUACAAUGGCACCUACUACCAAACCAACCUUUGAAGAAUGGCUAGAGGUCAGUGAGCUAGCAUAUGAGUGGGCGGAGAGCUACGACUCCAAGGACUGGGCACGCCUUCGGUCUAUUCUAGCCCCUACUCUAAUGAUUGAUUACAACAAAGUCAAUAAUUCCAAGUUCUCUGAUCUGCCUGCGGAUGAUUUUGUCGAGAUGAUGAAGGACCCACUGUUCUUAGGCGACCCCAAUAUCGAUUCUCAGCAUAUGCUCGGCCUUACCAAAUGGGAGAAAACGUCGGACGAUGAGAUUGUCAGUCACUCCCAAUCGAGGGCUGCUCAUGUCCGGUGGGAGGAGGGACGGGCCGCUGUGGCGGCGAAGGGCCAUGGACAUGGAGUUGUCACAACUACGUAUCGGAAGAUUGAUGGGGCAUGGAAAUGGGCGGGGAUCAAGACAUUAGUGCGCUGGAAUGAAUAUGACUUUGAGAGGGUUUUUCGGGGAGCUGCUGGCAAGUUCGACUAGCGCGAGGGCGAGGAUAAGAGGGAUUGCCAUCUGGAGCGUAGAGCUUCAAGCCCUAAAGAAC